AUCAAGGAAUAGUGUCCUUUUUCCAACAACAGGAUACUUAAACAAUUCAAAAUGCUUUCCUUUGUCAAUUCGCCCGCUCUGGAACAUUUACGCGGUGGCCGUAAUGUCAGCUUGGCCGAAACUGUUCCAGCCGACAUCCUGCACAUGGUGGAUCCUUAUUGGUAUCAAUGGCCACCACUGGAACCAAUGUGGUUUGGCAUUAUCGGAUUUGUAAUUACCAUUCUGGGCAUUAUGUCGUUGACGGGUAACUUUGUCGUCAUUUACAUCUUCACCUCGGCCAAAUCGCUGCGUACUCCGUCGAAUAUGUUUGUCGUGAAUUUGGCAUUUUCCGAUUUUAUGAUGAUGUUCACAAUGUUCCCACCCGUCGUACUCAAUGGUUUCUAUGGCACCUGGAUAAUGGGACCAUUUUGGUGUGAACUAUAUGGCUUGUGUGGUUCGCUAUUCGGCUGUGUUUCGAUUUGGUCAAUGACACUGAUAGCCUACGAUCGUUAUUGUGUCAUUGUCAAGGGUAUUUCGAGGAAACCGCUGACCAUAACGGCUGCAGUUUUCCGUUUAGCGUUCGUCUGGAGUGUGUGCAUGAUAUGGGCCAUAUUGCCAAUGGUCGGCUGGAAUCGUUAUGUACCCGAGGGAAAUAUGACUGCAUGUGGUACAGAUUAUUUUGCCAAAGAUUGGUAUAAUCGUUCGUACAUUAUUGUCUAUUCCGUUUGGGUAUAUGUAACACCCUUGACAACGAUUAUCUUUUCCUAUUGGCAUAUUUUGAAGGCUGUGCGAAUACACGAAAAGGCAAUGCGUGAACAAGCCAAAAAAAUGAAUGUUGCCUCCUUGCGACAAAGCGAUGCCGACGCCAAGUCGGUGGAAAUCAAAUUGGCCAAAGUGGCAUUGGUCACCAUAUCGCUGUGGUUCUUGGCCUGGACACCGUACACAAUAAUUAACUAUGCCGGUAUAUUUGAGUCCAUGAAUUUGUCACCGCUGAGCACCAUUUGUGGGUCGGUGUUUGCCAAGGCCAAUGCGGUGUGUAAUCCGAUUGUCUACGGCUUAAGUCAUCCAAAAUACAAACAAGUUUUGAAAGAGAAAAUGCCCUGCCUGGCCUGUGGCAAAGAUGAUACCACGGCUGCUGAAAUCCGUACCCAAGCCACAACGGAAGUUAGUGAAUCGGCGGCGUAA